AUGGGCAUCCAAGGACUCUUGCCGCUGCUCAAGAGCAUCCACAAGCCCACACACCUUCGCAACUUCUCAGGUCAGACAUUGGGGAUCGACGCAUAUGGCUGGCUGCAUCGGGGGACUGUCGCCUGCGCCAUCGACUUAGCGGAGGGGAAGCCGACCCGGAAACACAUCGACUUUGCCCUGCACCGAGUUCGCAUGCUCAUACACUUCGGCGUGAAGCCGUAUCUGGUCUUUGAUGGCGACUACUUACCGAGCAAGGCACAUACGGAGAAGGAACGCGCCGAAAGACGGAAAGAAAGCAAAAGAGUCGGAUUAGAUCUGCUUCGAAUGGGACGAUCGUCUCAGGCACAAUUGGAGCUGCAAAAGGCAGUAGAUGUCACACCAUUGAUGGCUCGGGAGCUGAUCGAAGAGCUCAGACGAAUGGAUGUCCCGUACGUCGUCGCGCCGUACGAAGCCGACAGCCAGCUCGCAUAUCUCGAGAAGCAGGGCACGAUCAACGGCGUGAUCAGCGAAGACUCCGACCUGCUGGUCUUUGGCGUCAAAUGCCUUCUUACGAAACUGGAUCAAUACGGCGAGUGCGUCAUGAUCAAGCGCGACCAUUUCACAGCAUGCCGAGAGAUCAGCCUCGUUAGCUGGACUGAUCGGGAGUUCCGUAUGAUGGCCAUGCUCAGUGGUUGCGACUACCUCCCAGGCAUCGACAAGAUGGGUCUCAAGACAGCCUAUCGUCUUGUGAGGAAGCAUAAGACUGUCGAGAAGGUCGUUCGCAGUGUUCAAUUCGAUGGCAAGAUGAAGGUACCUGCUGGUUAUCUCGAAGCAUUUCAGAACGCAGAACGUACCUUUUUGUACCAAUGGGUAUUCUGCCCAGAAGCUCAGUCGCUGCUGAACCUGACAAAACUACCGAAUGUUCUCGAGGCUUCAAGCAUGCCAUUCAUUGGGAAAUAUGUCGAGCCAGAGCUCGCUGCUGGCGUCGCAUCCGGCGAUCUUGAUCCAAACACCAAGCAGCCGAUCUCCCUUCCCGACAGGUUUCAACAUCGAGGCGUCGUGCGGUCGCGAGUGGUACAGACACCUGAUGAGAAGCAAGGAAAGCCGAUCACAGAGUUCUUCAAGAAGCGAGUGCCGCUGACUGAGUUGGACCCGAAUUCCUUCACUCCCUCACCAAGCCAGCAGCGCCUGCUAGAGUCGCAACCCAACUCGUCGUGGUCUGCGUCCCAACUUUCAGACACUCGUGUCUUUGGAGCCACUCGAAGCGCGAAUACUCAAGCGCCUUCGUCAGCUCCGAACCCUGUGAGGCGAACGAUCACAGCACCUCUGCCGUCCAUCAACCGCGCAUCACCUAAGAGACAGCGAUUGUGCUCAGAGUCUGGUCUUGCGGCUGCUAUGAAGGGCGCAGAAGGUCUUCAGAGUGCUACGAGUCGUUUCUUUGCGAAGGCCAAUGCCCAGGCCAGCCCUUCGCUUGGGCGCAAAUCGAGUCGCAACAAGAGUGAUGAAUUCGAGCUGUGGUCUGACGACUCUGUCGUCGAGGCCGUAGCAGCCGCAACUGCAACACCAGAUCCAGCACCCAGCGAUAGUGUUGCUUCUCCACGAAAGAGGAAGAAACUCGAGGUGUUUGCGGAUCAGCCUAUUGCGGAAGAAGAUGCCAGUAUUGGGGACAUCUCUCAAGAUAGCGUCCUCACCACCGCAACAUUCGACUCAGCACAGUCUGUUGAUGUGGGCACCCCUGAGACAUCAUUCGGCAGCUUUGACUCUCCCAUAGAACACAGCGUCUUCAGCAAAGGCAUUGACAUGAACUUUGCAGCCUUGCGAUAUAGUGGUGCAAAAGCACUGCGAAAGUCGAUACCUCGAACUAAAUCCACACCUCUCUUCGCGAGCACGCCGCUGAGGUUGACACGGUCCACAAAGGUCACCGCAGUGAGCGUGGACAAGGACAGCUCGACCGAAGCAGACGUCGUUGUUCCGAACUCUUCGCCCAUAGAUGUCAACACCUCAUUCGAGUCCAAGGGCCAAGAGGCCGAAGACGACAUUAUCGAAGACGAAGAAUGGCCAGCGACGGAGGGGAAACCACUCCCUCAACAAUCUAGCCCUCAAGUCAAAGGAUCCGAAGACCUAUUGGUUCCCGAAAGUCCAGAAGAGACAACAGACAGCGGCGCUAGCAAGACCAAGCUAAGCUUAGGAAGAUUUGCUUUCACGGGUUAA